AUGGCGAGUUUCUAUAGACAACGCCCUAAUUUCUACGCCACUCCUACUCUCGCUGAAUUAUCUCGGGCUGUGUUCGCGAUAUCAAAUGGCACAGCCUUCUCCAUACUUUCGCAACUGAAACCCCUUGUUUUGGCUGUGAAUCGUGGCCCAUUCUCUAGGUUAGAGCUUGCCACCGGCCACCUCGGGGGAAUAGGGUUAAGGAACACGCGAUCUUUGAGUUUCACGGAAGGCAAACGAUAUCGGUUUCAGAUGCAGCUUUACUGGAUCGAGAGUUUCCCUAAGGAAAUCGUCUGCCAAGCUAUCCUAGAGGCCCCGUUGGUAUUGUUUAGGCAUCGGAAGCGGGGAAUUAGAGAACCUCUAAUUACGCAAAUAUGGUCAUAUUUCUUGUAUCUAAUUAAGCCUCUAUCAUAUAGAGCCUAUCUCGGUAAAACCGCAAAGCAGCUCAGGACCUUCCUGCCCCAGAAACAACAGCAAACCCCAAACCCAAACCCAAACUACCUAAUCACUCUAUCUAUAUUCCAUCGUAAUAAUCCCCUGUCAAAAACAAUCGGGCUAUUACCUACAAUAACAAGCCGUCUAGGUCAAUCUAUCCAAUGUCUCGAAUUCCCACCCUACCCUUUUCCUUGGAAGUUGAUAUAG